CAAGCGUGCAUAUUCAGACACAGAGAAACACGGGAGACACGGAGAGGAAGGUGUCUGUUAUUGUUUUUGUUUAUAUGUGUGUGUGUGUGUCUGUGCUGUUAUUUAAUGCUCAUAGAUCGCCACGGGUCAGUUCUGAUGGUAUUCCAUUAUUUGACCGACGUCUGGAGAGCAGGAAAGUUGAAUUGACUUUCAGUUAGUGACCCACGGUUACAGGACAAUGGCUGCCGAGACUCCUCAAGAUCCACCGCAAGAUUUUCCCAAAGAGCUGAAAGAAGCAUUUGUUCUCUUUGACAAAGACGGAGACGGAAAGAUAACCUACAAGGAACUUGGGACGGUCAUGAGGACCCUUGGACACAACCCAACGGACUCUGAACUUCAGGAUAUGAUUCAGGAAGUGGACGCGGAUGGUAACGGAACAAUUGAUUUCAACGAAUUUGUAGCCAUGAUGUCACGUCAUAACUCCGAGACUGACCGAGACAAAGAACUGCGGGAAGCUUUCAAGGUAUUCGACCGUGACGGGAACGGGCUCAUUUCUGCAGAGGAACUUCGUCACGUGAUGAGCACCCUCGGGGAGACUCUGAGAGAUGAGGAUGUCCGCGACAUGAUGAGGGAGGCUGAUAAAGAUGGAGACGGUCACAUCAACUAUGAAGAGUUCGUCGCAAUGAUGAAUGCCAAGUAAUGGAGCACUUAAAAGUCCUGCCAACUAACACAAGUUCUCAACUUUCCUAUUUCGUCAAACUGCUGCCUACCUACGUCAUUCAAAAAAUACUUGCCAACUAUACUCUUCAUGAACUAACGUUAAAGCUUUAGUAUCAUUGUACAUUGUCUCAUGAAUAUUUAUUUUGUUUGUAUGCAUGCUUUUAAAUCUCUAUAGAAAUUACAUUCAAACUGUUUUAGAAUGCCUAUAUUUUAAAUAUAUCUUAAGUUUUGUUUAGUAUAAGUAUUUAGAUGAACUGGAAACAGCUAAAUUAACUUGUUUACACAAUUAGUCUCAUUAUGUCGGAAAUACAAUACAAAACUUGCAAUAUUUAGAUAUUUAAAUUUAUUAAUUAAAUCCUGAUUGUAUACGCCCAUGUUAAAUUUUUCAUUACUUAGGUUUUAAAUUUCAACAUUUUAACUCAUUUAUUUUUUGUUUUUAAAAGCAUGGAUCAUUAUUUUUACUGUUUUGGUCUCAGGGGAAGUAAUUCGAUUUUUAAUAUUUUCCUAUUUAACUCAGGGCUUAGUUGAUUUCAUUUUUUUUAAUUUUUUUUUUUUUGUAAAUUGUGGAACUGUUCAGGAUGUCCGAUCCAUUGUAGUACAUUUUGUAAAUGGACACCUAAUUUAGUUUAGUCUUGUAUCAUUUCCAUUGUUUUUAAUUUGAUAUUAACAAUUGUAAGAGCUCAUUCUCGUAUAAUAUACAUAUUUUGUAAUAUAAAUUGUUUAUAUCACUUGCAUAUCAAUAACUCUUAGUUUUUACCUAUUCAUUUAUACAUUUAAAACAUUCCAUUAGAACUAUACAAUUAAAUGUAUGUAGAUAUAUAUUUCCUUUUAUGCUUUUUAUCAAUAUAUCAAUGACAUUUUUAACCUAUUGGUUGAAUGAAAUAGAUGACGGCGAUUGCUUGUGUUAAAAUGAAAUGGAUUUUAGACUGCAUAAUAAACUUGAUUCUGAU